UUACCGACCUUUCAAUCCCUUCAUAUUCCCUCAUUUCCCCGUUUCUCUCUCAUCCUCUCAAAUAAACCCAACCCCCGAACCAAAUCUUCUCGUUCUUAUCAUCUUUUCUUUGAAUCUCUCUCGGGAUUUCUUGUUUGAGGAUCCGAUCGGAAGAUAUGGCACAGAGAACCGAGAAGGAGGAGACGGAGUUCAAAGUUCCGGAGACGAUCACGCUUUGCGUCAACAACUGCGGCCUCACGGGGAAUCCGGCGACAAAUAAUAUGUGUCAGAAGUGCUUUAAUGCUACCACGGCGACCGCGUCCAUGGCGAUGAAGUUUUCCGGUGAGAAAAGUCCGAGAUCUACUACCUCUCGCUCGCCUGAGAAAUUUCGGUUCGUUUCAGAGUCCAGGAGGAUUAUAACAGCGGCUGAUCGUCCGAAAUCUGACGAAUCGACGAAGCGAGAGGUGAAUCGGUGUUCUGGAUGUAGAAAACGCGUCGGAUUGACUGGAUUUAGGUGCCGAUGCGGAGAUUUGUUCUGUGCGGAGCACCGGUAUUCAGAUCGUCACGAUUGUAGCUUCGAUUACAAGGCGGCUGGUCGUGAGGCGAUCGCGAGAGAGAAUCCGGUGGUGAAAGCGGCGAAGAUUGUUAGAGUUUAAUCCGUAGAUCGAUUUGAUUACCAAAAAAAGAACGAAUCUGAAGAUGAUGAAAUCUGUGAAAAAAAUCUUUGGGCUGAUUGUUGAAAUUUUUCUUCGGAAUAUUGAGGAUUAAUUCCUCGAAAUAUCCUCUCGAUCUUUAGGAGAGAAAAAACAUGAGAGAACGAGAAAAAAAAAAAUCCUUGAUGAAGAUGAUGAUGAUGAUCGUUGUGUUUUCUCAGAUAAUUAUGUUCUUAUUUUAUUUAAAUUUUUUAUUUUACUCUUUUUUUCCUUUUUUUUUUUGGUUUGUUCGAAAACAAAAAGAAAAGAUUAUCGUGGGCUAUGAAGAUGAUGGCGGUGUUCUUUGUUAAUUCUUUUUUAUUUUUCUUUUUAAUUUGCGCUUGAAAAUGCCAAUGGCAUGUGAUGUAAAUUCGAUGAAUUCUCGGGGUUUAAUUGGCAGUUCAGAAUCAUAGCACCGGAAGAAAAAAAAAUUGUCGCAUUCUA